CCCCUCUCUCUCUCUCGCUCUCUGUCUUGAUUUCUGAUCAAGAUUUUGAAGAAGACAAAUUGGCAAGCGAGAAUUUGAAGAAAUGGUGUCCAAGAUUGUGAAGAAGAGCGCCAACAGGCGGCGCACCCGCGGCAAGUCCUCGGCGAAAAAGGCGGCAGCCUCGGCCUCCUCCGCUGUGCUCUCCUCGAUCUUCACUUGCCAGCGCCGCCUCAUCAAGCUCUUCACCAAGCUAGCGCGAAUAGGGACCCCCAACCGCCACAAAGGCUUCAAGAUCCUCAAGAAAUCCCAAAUCCACGAGCCCGAACCCGGAUCCGAAGACCCGAUCCGACGCAAUCUUUUCUUCGACACCCUGCUCCCACCGCUGGUCUCUGCGGAGAAGCGGACCGUGUUUCUCGACCUCGACGAGACAUUGGUUCACUCUCAGGCCGAGCCGCGGCCGGAGAAGUACGAUUUCGUCAUUCGGCCGAAUAUCGACGGCGUAGCCAUGAAUUUCUACGUGCUGAAGCGGCCUGGUGUGGACGAGUUGUUGGAGAAUCUUGCAGAGAAGUACGAGUUGGUAGUGUUCACGGCCGGGUUGAGAGAGUACGCGUCCCUGGUGCUGGACAGGUUGGACCGGAACCGGGUCAUUUCGCACCGGCUCUACAGGGACGCGUGUAAAGAAGUGGAUGGGAAGUUGGUGAAGGACUUGUCCGGGUUAGGGAGGGACUUGAGCCGGGCGGUGAUUGUGGAUGAUAAUCCAAAUUCGUAUUCUUUACAACCGGAGAAUGCCGUUCCAGUCCGACCGUUUGUGGAUGACAUGGCGGACCGGGAGCUGAGGAAGUUGAUGGAGUUCUUUGAUGGGUUGAAUUGUGAUGAUAUGAGGGAUGCUGUGAAGCAGUUUGUUGCUGCUGCUGGUGGCGGCGGAGCCAAAGUUGAUGAAGCAGUGUGAAUUGAUUUGCUGUCUGUCUCUGUUUUGUUGUAAAGUUGAACAAAUAUGUUCAAUUUGUUCGUUAAUUUUAAAGGUGGAAAAAGAGGCUCAUCUUGUUCGCCGCGAUUUGAUUUGAUUUGUAAACCUAGUUCAGUUGCUCAAAUAAUAUGUUUGUAGUUGAAAUUGUUUGACGAUUGUGAGUUCAUUUGUUUCUUUUCAUUAACUUAUCAGAAGAAUCGUUGUCUUGA